AUGGAUGAUAUAGGAAAAUGGCGGAAACUAAUGAGAGAUGUUAGAAAUGGAACAAAAAUAAAUAAAUUGCAGUUACCCAAAAAGAAAUCUUUGGAACUUGUAGAUGGUGACGGGAACAACGUUUUAAUGGUUGCAGCACAAAACGGCCAUUAUGAGUUGGUAAUUUUUUUUAUAGGAAAAGUUAAGAUUAAAGAAGAAAACACAAUUGGAAACAAUGCAUUAAUGUUAGCUGCUAAAAAUGGACAUACUGAUGUUGUAGAACUUCUUAUAAGACACAAAGGAAAUGUAAAAGCUUCUAACCGUCAUGGAAACAAUGCCUUAAUGUUAGCCGCAAUGAAUGGGCAUUUAGAAGCAGUUAUACUUCUUAUUAAAAAGGUUAAUAUACAGGAAACGAACAAAAAUAAAAACAACGCUCUGAUGUUAGCGGCUGAAAAAGGACAUAUUGAUAUAGUUGAGCUUCUUAUAAAUCAUAAAGGAAAUGUAAGAGCUACUAACAACAACGGAAACAAUGCUCUAAUGUUAGCAGCUGAAAACGGGCAUGGAAACCUUGUUGAAUUUCUUUGCGAAAUAAAAAUUGGGGUUAGAGCUGUAAAUAAUAAUAAACAGAAUGCAUUGAUGUUAGCCGCUAAAAAUGGACAUACUGCUGUUGUGAAACUUCUUAUAAGACACAAGGUUGGCAUUAAAGCUACUGACUGCAAUGGAAACAAUGCUUUAAUGUUAGCCGCCAUAAAUGGAGAUUUAGAAACAGUGAAACGUCUUAAUAAACUGGUUGACGUUAAGCAACAGAACAGCGACGGAAACAACGCUGUGAUGAUAGCCUCUGAAGGAGGAUCAGAACUUAUAAUAAAGCUUCUAAUUAGAAGAGUCGAUCUAACCGUAGCUAACAAGCAGGGUAAGGAUGCUUUAAUGAUAGCUGCUGAAAACAACUGA